ACUCUUAACGUCUGUUCCCACCAUUGAAAUCAAGUAAGAGUCGUGCAUCGUGUUUGCCGGAACAUCAUCGAAUAAAUUGCACGAAUAAUUAUAAUUUUCUUUGCAAAAUGUCGCUAAUUGGAUCUCCCUUAUCCGUCGCGGGCUCCCGCAUAUCAGGAGCACCGGUUCGCACACAAAAUGUCAUGGCCGCUUCUUCAAUUGCCAAUAUCGUAAAAUCCUCUUUGGGUCCAGUUGGGCUUGACAAAAUGUUAGUUGAUGAUAUUGGCGAUGUUACGGUCACUAACGACGGCGCAACCAUCUUGAAACUGCUCGAGGUAGAACAUCCGGCUGCUCGUGUAUUAUGUGAGCUUGCUCAACUUCAAGAUGAGGAAGUUGGUGAUGGUACCACCUCUGUGGUCAUCAUUGCGGCUGAAUUAUUGAAGAAUGCUGAUGAACUAGUGAAGCAGAAAAUUCACCCAACUUCAAUCAUCAGUGGAUAUCGCUUGGCAUGCAAGGAGGCUUGCAGAUACAUUCAGGAGCAUCUGACUAUUCCAGUUGAUGAACUAGGAAAAGAUUCAGUUGUGAAUGUUGCUAAGACUUCAAUGAGUUCAAAAAUCAUUGGAGCUGAUGCUGAUUUAUUUUCGCAAAUCGUAGUUGAUGCUGCGUUAGCAAUUAAAAUCACCGAUGCUAAGGGUAACGCGAUGUACCCCAUCAAGGCCGUGAAUGUUUUAAAAGCGCACGGUAAGAGUGCUCGCGAGAGUAUCCUUGUACAAGGAUACGCUCUCAACUGCACCGUUGCCAGCCAGGCCAUGCCUAAGAAAAUCGCUAAUGCGAAAAUUGCGUGCUUGGACUUCUCUCUGCAGAAGGCUAAGAUGAAGAUGGGCGUACAGGUUUUAAUUGAAGAUCCCGAUAAACUGGAAGCCAUCCGUUCCAGAGAACUUGACAUCACAAAAGAGCGUAUUCAGAAGAUUUUGGCAACUGGUGUAAAUGUUGUUUUAUGUUCCGGUGGCAUUGAUGAUCUUUGUUUGAAGUAUUUCGUUGAAGCUGGCGCGAUGGGUGUUCGCCGUGUGACGAAAACUGAUCUGAAACGUAUUGCCAAAGCAACUGGCGCGGCCUUCGUUACGUCUUUGACUAACAUGGAUGGCGAGGAAACAUUUGAGACCAGCAUGGUUGGUGAAGCCGCCGAAGUCGUCCAAGAACGUAUCUCCGACGACGAACUGGUUUUAAUCAAGGGACCGAAAGCCCGCACAGCUGCUUCGAUUAUCCUUCGUGGCCCCAAUGAUUUCUAUUGUGAUGAAAUGGAGCGUUCCGUUCAUGACGCUUUAUGCGUUGUGAAACGUGUGUUGGAAUCCAAAUCAGUCGUUGCCGGCGGUGGCUCUGUAGAAGCCGCACUUUCCAUCUACCUCGAAAACUUCGCAACUACACUAAGCUCUCGCGAACAACUCGCAAUCGCUGAGUUUGCGCAUAGUCUUCUCAUCAUCCCCAAGACACUGGCUGUCAAUGCGGCGCAGGACGCCACUGAUCUUGUUGCCAAACUACGCGCGUAUCAAAACUCUUCGCAGACAAAGGUCGAUCACGCUCAUCUUAAACACGUCGGGCUGGAUCUCAUCGAGGGAACUGUCAAAGACAACAAAAAGGCUGGAGUAUUGGAACCGACAAUGAGCAAGGUCAAAUCGCUGAAAUUCGCAACUGAAGCUGCGAUUACCAUCCUGCGUAUUGACGACAUGAUCAAACUGGAUCCCGAGCCUAGCCAGGGCAAAGGAGGAUACCAGGAGGCAAUGAACGCUGGCCAGCUUUAAAUUUAACUUUUAACUCAUCAUUUGUAUUAACAAAUAAUUACACAACCAACACCCAUCAUUUUUUUGAGCUUCAUUCAUCGCAAGAAUGUAAUUAGCGAGUAAAAUUUCACUUCACGCGUACGUUAACAUUAAUAUUUAAGCGGCAUUUACAUUUGAGCGUCUUUUUAUAUAUAAAAAAUAUAUUUCUUAACACACUCAA